UUCCUUUAAGGUGUCUUUAAUGUCACCGCCCAUCUUUCACCUCCAAAAUCUGUCCAACCGCGCAACUAGCCUGAACUUACUUUCAGGUUUAGGAAGCGCAAGCUUUCCUCCAUUCUGUCUAGGUCUAUGUCCCCAGAUGAGACACGCAUAGCCGCCUACCCGCCCAGCUCAGGUGCCUGCAUCAGCUCGCCGUCGAGGCAAUCAGAUUUAGCAUUCAGCGCGAGGGGGUGGGGUAGGAAUGGGGGCGCGCAUGCGCUGCCUCUCGCGCCCACCUGCCCCACCCUGUUCGUGACCCGCAGGCGUCCACCGUUGCCUGGCGCCCCAGGCCCUGAGGUGAGACGGUCGCCGCUGACACCCUCCCCUUUCGACCCUGAAGUACUCGGCCUGGUGGCCCCAUGAAGUUCUAGAGGCAUAGCGGAGUGCUGCGGCCUACGCCCAUGAAGUCUGUAAUUCUUCUGGUCGCCCUGUGGCUAUGGCCUGCCUGCUUGCCGGCGUUUCCGGCGUCCCGGAGGUUAACUGUGUCACCCAGUGAAGAAAAAAACUUGAAUCAUUAUGUGCAAGUGUUAGAGAACCUAAUACUGAGCGUCCCCACAAGACAGUCAGCCCAGGAGAAAGCAUCAAAGUCUCCAAAACAUGUCUAUUCUCCAGAUCCGGCCGUGUCAAGACUGAAGGCACUCAGCACCCUGGGAAACGCGGCCAUUGAGGAUGGCACCCCCACCAGCGGGUACAGCUCAGUGUUCCCUGGCACAGGCUCCACACUGGGCUCAGACAGCAGGAUACCUCCUGGGAGCAGGGUACCUCCUCAGAGCCCCACAGCCCCUGAGACCACAGCCUUCUGGUCCAUCAAACCCAACAAUGUCUCCAUCGUCUUGCGCACCAAAGAACCUUAUGUGGAAAGCGAGCCAGAGCCAGAGCCAGAGCUGGAGCCAGAGCCAAAGCCGGAGCCGGAGCCAGAGCAGGAGGUGGAACACACCCAGGCCAUGAGGUCCACCACCAGGUCCUCCACCAGCCCUCCCGACACCUCCACACAUGCAAACACAGACUCGGAGUGGUCCACGGAGUGGGAAGACGUUCCCCAGCUCUCCGGUGAAAACUUUGAAGAGCCAGUUCAUCAUCAUUCCCAGAUCAUGAACAAUGAUGACAUUUUAAGGAAAAUCUCAGAUAUCCACUUCCAGCUGCAACAGGCACCGCUGGGUGACAGCAAUGAUCCAGAGUAUCAAGAGAUCAUUGAGGGCUCCAAGGAGAGCCUGAAGCGAAGUCUCGCUCUGGCAGCCGCAGCAGAGCACACCCUGGAAAAAAUGUACGAAUCCCACGUCUUUCCAGAAGGACCAACCAGAAAGGGGCUCUACGGCAUCAAAACUGUUAUCGACAUGCUGUAUAAGUCUAGAUCUAAGUUAUCAAAGUAUUUAGAUAUUGACUAUAUUCCACCAGACAUGAGAGAAAAGGCAACCAUAGUAUUGAAUACAUUGCAAAACAUAUUAUGUGUAGGUCAAGAUGACACUCAAAGCCUAAAUAGGAGGUUACUAAGAAAUAAGGUGAAGGGCCGGGGAUAUAACUCAGUGGCACAGAGCCUGCCCGGCAAGCGUGAGGUUCUGAGGUUAAAAAGAAAUAGUAAUAACAUAAAAUACCCAGGCAAAAUGCAUUCAUACACAGGAAAACAAGCAUUCUGGUGAUUUCUAAAGCUGUAUCUAUUUUCUAAUGUAGUUCAGUGUACUAACAUGCUUAUAUGUUAUGUAUAAUGAAAACUUUUAUAUGCACUGAAAAUCCAAUGAUUUGAAAUAAAAUUUUGGUUUUGGA